ACAAUGAUAAGCAUUUAGGUGAUAUGUGGUUAUUUUAUGGAUGUAGGGAUAAAGAAAAAGACUUUUUGUACCGUAAAGAAUUAGAAGGGUUUGUAGAACGAGGGGUUUUAAAAGAACUAUUUAUUGCUGUUAGUCGAGCACCUGGUGCUGGCUUAGAUGGAAAACCAAAAUAUGUUCAAGAUCUUAUGAGGAUUCAAAGUCAAAAUAUAUUUGAAUUAAUAACAAAAAAUGAUGCUAUGAUUUUUGUGUGUGGUGAUGCCAAAGGUAUGUCAAAGGGUGUAAACGAUGCUUUGGCUGAUAUUCUCGUAGAACAUGGUCAUAUGCAACAAUCAGAUGCAUUAGAUUUAUUAAAGAAAUGGAUACAGGAAAAACGAUAUUUACGUGACUUG